UCCCCAGAAGGCACAAAGAGCCGGCAGUAAAACCCUCCCUGCUCUUUGUCCCAGCCCCCUCCGAGCCGCGAUGAGGCGGCGCAAAGGCGGCUCCGAGUUUCACUUUCUGUCUCCGCUUUCUGCAGAGCGAGAAAUGAAACCGGGGCGCUCCGCCUCGCUCUGCCCGCUCCGCCCGCCGCUCUCCCGGCUCCUGCCGCUCUCCUGCUGCCCUCGAUGUGCUGCUCUCCCGCCUCUCCUGCCCUGCAUCAGCUGCAGCUCCGGCCAUCCGUGCUGUGCCCUCCCCUGCUCAGCCUGAGAUCCAGCUCCAAGCCCCACCGCUCCUGCGGGAAAUGUCCUUCCGUCCUUGAACAAUAUUCUUGAUGGGACAAGUAAGUGGACGUCAAGAAAGAAGCAAGAAACCAGAGGUGGCACUAAGUGAGACCAUGGAGGCAGAAAUUGAAGUACAAAAUAAUAAAAAGGAAAUCGAAGAGGUGAAGGCAAAAAACCCGAAGCUGACAUCAGUCUUUGGUGUGGCAGACUUAAAAAAUGAAGCUGUUGGGCUGUACAACCUUGGACAGACCUGCUGUCUGAAUUCCCUGCUCCAAGUGUUCUUCAUGAAUAUCCGCUUCACAGGGAUACUCCGAAGGAUCACAGUGCCAUCAUCUGCUGCACAGAAGAGGAGCAAUGUCCCCUACCAAAUGCUCCUGCUGCUGGAGAAAAUGCAGUGUGGCAAGUGCAAAGCUGUUUGUCCCAGAGACCUGGCUUACUGCCUUUCAGAGCACAGAGUGAAAUUGUUUGUGCAGUAUGAUGCUGCUCAGCUCUUUCUGACUCUCUGGAACUUGUUGAAGAAGCAGAUUAGAAAGCCAGAGCUGGUGGAAGAGCUGAGCGAUUUGUACACGAUCUGCAUACAGGAGCAUCUUGCCUGUCAGAAAUGCUCUUUUGAAAUAAAGAGCAACAGCACCAUGCUGACCCUUCCACUCCCAGUGCUGGAUGCCAAUUCUCACAGGCUGAGUACUCUGGAGGACUGUCUGCAAUACUUCUUCCUUCCAGAGGAGCUGACUGGGCAAAACAUGUGUUUCUGUCAGCAGUGUGGGAAGAAAACAACUUUUCUGCAGAGCAUGAGGCUCGUCCAUCUGCCACAGACUCUGACCUUGCACCUAAAGCGCUUCUGCUUCGAAAGAUCCUCUCGCACACACAAGCUGGGUCACUUCCUGCAGUUCCCACAAGAACUUAAUUUCAGGGAAGUCUUGACAGAAGAUCAGUGCCAAGCAGAUGAUAGUGAAAAGGCUACCUGGCAAUAUGAGCUUUUUGCUGUGGUUGCUCAUUCAGGAUCAACUGGCUUUGGUCAUUACUGUGCCUACAUCCGGAGCCUCACAGAGUGCAAAUGGUAUUGCUUCAAUGAUUCUGAGGUUUGCCAGGUGUCCUGGGAUGAUGUUAAAUGCACCUAUGGACGUUCCAGCCUCAACUGGAGAGAAACAGCCUAUCUCCUGUUUUACAUGAAAAAGCACCCUCAGCAGCCCUGUCCAGGAGUAUCAGAAUGUCUCUGAAAGCUGUGCAUUGUCCAUGGGGCUCAGCACCUCUGUGCCAGUGUGGACAUGUGCAUAUGUUUCACAAGGAAGACAUUCUGCACUCACCAACCUCGGUCUUCACAUUUAUUUAUGGAAAAAAAGUGCAGCAGACACUCAGCUAGAGAAAGGAUCUAGGAACAGUUGCAACUAGAGACCAUUUAUUUAGUGGGGUUUUUUAUAUUCAUGUGACUCUACAUGUUCAUUUCCUCUUUAAAAGAUGGAAGUUAGUCCUUGUCUCUGCUGCCUUACCAUUUUCCUUAAUGCUGCUGCCUGGAUUCCAGCCCAGGGGAAGUGUUUGGCUGAAAGCCUGUGUGAUGUUCCAGGCAGGUGUGUGGUAUUACUGGAGAGCUAUGGGAGCCAUACAGAGCCACAAAGAGCUUGAGAUUUACUUUGUCCUUUUAGCACUGUGUUAGAUGAUGGCAGGCUGGGGAGGAGACCCCAAAAAUCACCCUAGAAACCACGGGAGGAAGGAUCUGAACCCUUAUGACAUCACACACUCCUUAAAACCUCCCUGAAAAUUAAUCACUGCAGGGGCUGAAAUGUGUCAAGAGGUGCUUUAAAUCAGGAGCUAUUGGAGCAGUUCUGAUUUACAAGAUGAAUUUGUAUAAAUUUGUGCAGGUGAUUAUUAUUUCAGCAGGGCUAUCAGGCUAUUAGAUGCAUUUUCUUUCCUGUAGAAGGAAGUACUCAGAGCAGCAGAAAUUCUGAGGCUGGUUAGUGAUUUUGCACAAUCCAGACCGUAAAUGAUGGUAAGGGAAUGAAUCCUUGAUGUGCUUGAACUUUUGGGAUUUUUGGAUGUGGGGCUUUUAAAGCACUCAUGGUGUUAACUCUUGCUGAUCCUCUUGGAUUGAGGAUCCCAGCAGUUUGAGAUCUGGAAGUACCUUCAACCUAACAUACCCUAUGACUCUAUCUCUACAAAGGUGCUGUUUUUGUGGAUAAAACAAUUAUUAAAUUAUAUUAAGCCAUUAUUAAAUUAUAUUAAAAUUAUAUAAAUUAUAUAAAACUAUAGAACUAAUGUAGAUAUACUGCCAUCUGUGUAUAACCUAAUUUGUGUAACCUAAUAUGCAUAACCUAAUAUGUAUAACCUAAUGAUGAUGAAGUUCACAAAUCAUGUCUAUUUUCUGAAGGAAAACUGAGAAAUCUUAGAGCACAGCUGUGAACUUACUCUUUCACUGUGUGGCAGAUACUUUUCACUGUAUUAGCAAGGUCCAUUAUUCUGUUCAGCUCUGUAUUUGUGUUAUUUAUUCUGUGGUAAAAAAAAUCCCAGCGUAUUAUUUGUCAGGAUGAGAAAUUUUCAGGCUGUUCGCCUUUAGGAAAGCAUUGCACUAUUUCUAAAGCAUCUUGCAAUGGGUGAAAACCAAGUUUCUGUUUGCUUUUCCAACACUGCCUCUGUGAAGGAGCUGAAAAAAGCUGCACUUUCAGGAACUGAGAAGUUCAUGGGAUAAGAGACUGACAUUUCUAAUUACCCGUAACUUGAAAUUUAAAAACUUCUGCACAUGAAAAAUGCCUUAAAUGUGUCAUAACUUUCCAGGGAUGAUACCCAUCAAGGAAACAAUUGCAAAGAUGUAUUUAAGAAUCUUUUCAGUGCAAAAAGCAACAUUUAAUUCCAAUGAAAAUUAAUAAGUGGGUUUUUAAAUAAAAUGUUAAGGGAUCCAUUCCUUAGAAAAUCA